CCGUUUGGCUGGAGAGUGGGGACAGAUCACGGGUAUACCGAACAGCCGGGUUCCGCCACCAACCCAACCGUGGGGGUGCCUUACGGCCUACGGGCCGGAGCAGCGCUCGGGAGCCGCGGCACGGAGGCAUCGACGCCGUUGAGCUCGAGGCGACCGGCGGCUCGCGGCCCCGCCACAGCGGUGCUGUGGCAGUGUGGCUUCUUCUGGUUUCUGCGGGCUCAGCGCGGAGUUUUCUUUAUAGGCCUAUUGCAGGAUUAAAUGGCAAAUAGGCCAAGAUGGAUGAUGAAGUACGAAAAGGGUCUUGUUGAUAUACUUCAUGAGAACAACACUUCACAUUAUCGUACCCAAAACGGUUGGAGAACAGAGGGGUGGAGGAAAAUUGUUAGGGAUUUCAAUGUACGGUACCUUGAAGCAAAGUUUAGUAAAAUGCAAAUCCAGGAACAUGAGACCAGUGUUCUUAAGGCGCCUAGGCGAGCAAGUAAACCAGAAAACCGCCUUAGCGCCUAGGCGGCGCCUAGGCGGGUAUGGCGAGCAAGGCGACCAGUUUUGCCCGGGCGCCUGGACGCCUAGGCGCCGCCUAGCGACGCCUUAAGAACACUGCAUGAGACUCAAUUGAAGAAAGACUAUAGGUCGAUAAAAUCUAUCCUCCAACGUGAUGGUGUCUCAUGGGACCAGAGUGCGUCCAUGUUUAGAACAACAGAUGAAAUCUGGGAUGAGAUUAUCGAGGAUAUGCCCAAUGCACGGAAGUACCAAAGCAAGAGCUUUCCAUUGCUUGACUCACUAGAACUGUUAUUUGAUGGUCCUAUUCCUGAAGGGGCACAAAAAUCACCUUCCAGCAUACCUCAGAAUGUUGGUGGAAACGUUGGUGAUGGAGGCAACAAUAUCAGCACAGCCCCAGACUUGUCUGAAAGACCUAGUGGAACAAUUAACACAAGCGUUAAUGAGGCAUGGAAUAAUAUCAGCCUACUUAAGCAAACAGCAUUGGGACCCCAAGGUAUAGACAAUCUCGACACGCUGCAAAAUCGUGAUGAAGAGGUGCUGGAACGGCUACAGCAUGGCUCGGACCGGAGGCCGCAGAGAGCUGAUGAACAGGCACAGUCAAGUUCUUGCGUAGAACUGCAGAGAGACAGGCGCAAGAAGCGGAAGGCCCCAGACAUCCAGCAGAUCAUGGAGACCUAUAUGAAUUUCAGAAUGAAGCAACCUCGCGUCAAACAACGAAGAGCAAAGGACGCUGACCAGUUCACGAUUUCAAGGUAUUAGCCUCUGAUGUUUUCAAGGACCCUGAGAACAGGGAGACCUUUCUUUCGUAUGAACCCAGGCUGCGCACCUUGUGGCUGAAGAGGGAAGUUGGCAAGCUACUCUCCUUAUAGAAGUGGCAGCCCUUGCUUGUUUUGUUUGCUACCCGUGCCUAGGCUUCAUUUAACAAACUCUACUAGUGACUUAACUUGUUCCAUGCACAGUACGUCACUACGCUGCUUAGUCAUUCAUGAUCAAUGAUGUGCUUGCUGCGUGUAGUGCUUCCAAAAUUUUGCAUCUGUGUCAAUACACUGUUAAAAAUGCGACAGAAUGCUUGUUUCUUGACAGCA